AUGACAAGCCCUGAUGGUAGUGACACCGAUAUUGGUGGUGCAAGCGAAUUUAUCAGAAAUCGUUUAUAUUUUGCCACAUUAAGUAUAAAACCAAAAUCUACUACACAUACACAUUACUUUUCUAUCGAUGAUGAAUUUAUUUAUGAAAAUUUUUACGCUGAUUUUGGACCGUUGAAUUUGGCAAUGUUGUGUCGUUAUUGUACAAAAUUAAACAAAAAACUAAAUAGUUCUGCUUUAUCACAUAAACGAAUUAUUCAUUACACAACAUUUGAUCCAAAGAAACGAGCAAACGCGGCAUUUCUUAUUUCAGCUUAUGCAAUUAUCUAUCUAAAACGAACACCAGAAGAAGCUUAUAAACCUUUGGUCAGCGCUAUCAAUACCACACAGCCUUUUUUACCAUUUAGAGAUGCAUCGUUGGGUCCGUCAUCUUAUAAUCUUACAUUACUUGAUACUUUGCAGGGAUUAUACAAAGCUAUGUUACACAAAUUUUUCGAUUUUGACCAUUUUGAUUUGGAAGAAUAUGAACAUUAUGAAAAAGUUGAGAAUGGUGACUUAAAUUGGAUUAUUCCAAAUAAAUUAUUAGCAUUCUCUGGGCCGCAUCCAAAAAGUAAAAUAGAAAAUGGAUAUCCGUUACAUGCACCUGAAGCCUAUUUUUCUUAUUUUCGAAAACGUUCGACGACGACAAUUGUUCGCUUGAACAAAAAAAUUUAUGAUGCUAAACGUUUUCAGGAUGCCGGCUUCGAACAUUAUGAUUUAUUUUUUACCGAUGGUAGUACACCGAACGAUACAAUUACUCUAAAAUUUUUACAAAUUUGUGAACAAGCCCGAGGUGCUAUUGCUGUACAUUGUAAAGCCGGUUUGGGCAGAACGGGUACAUUGAUUGGAUGUUAUUUGAUGAAACAUUAUAAAUUUACAGCAGCAGAAGCGAUAGCGUGGUUAAGGAUAUGUCGACCAGGAAGUGUUAUUGGCCCACAACAAAAUUAUCUUGAAGAAAAACAGGGAUGGCUUUGGUCGCAAGGUGAUUCAUUUCGUGUGAAAGAUCGUAUGCGUUAUGUGUCAUCAUUUCAAGAAGGACAACAAAAAUAUUCAGUUGGAAAUAUUGUUGGAGGAGCUGAAAAUACGGAAGAGGAAAAUGAGGGCGAGAUAACGCAAGGUGAUCGAUUAAAUGAAAUAAAAGCUCGUCGAAUGCAUCACCAUCCGCCUACCUGGUCUGGAACAAAUGCGACAUCAAGUUCAACAUGUAAAAUAUGUUCAAAACCUUUUCAAACCGCAGCUGGUUUAACUAAACAUAUUCGAUCACAGCAUACAAAUGUGAAACAGCAUCUAAAAAAUCAAACAACACCAUUACAGAGCAGACGUGCGAAAUCAACAACGGUAGCCUCAUCGAAAAUAAUAGCUACUAGUUUGAGAGAAAAACAACCGCAACAACAACGAAAAACUAGCUCAAAAAACUCAACAUCGACCAUAAUACCUUGUAAACAUUGUGGAAAACUAUUUUCAUCAAAAAAAAGUCUUCAUUCACAUGUGACGCGUUCACAUUUAUUAUUUCAAUUGAAUCAGAGUCCAGAUGAUGAUACUGAACAAAGGUACUUUCAAAGAGCCCAACAAACAACAAUUAGUAGCAUGGCUCAAUUUGUUUUUAGUUUUAAAGUGCCUAAACGUUAUCGUUUAUCGUUAUGUAAUGAUGAGCAUAUAUUCAUAUCCGAACCGGUAGUUAAUGAUUUAUUAUCUACAAAAUAUCGUCCAUCAUUAAUUAUUAAACCAGUACAAUCAGUUGUAGCAGAUAAUAUUGUUUCUUCUACGAUUAAUAAUCAUAAUUCAUCUUCUCUAAUUCAUACGUAUAUACGUACAAAAACAGUUCCGUUACCGCAACAAUGCUAUACGUCACCGGUAUUUGCUAAUCUAAGAUUGUCAAGAUUUGAUAUGUCCACAUCGUUAAAACGUGCCAAUACAAAUGUAAGUUCAACUCAAGCACAACGCACAAGUGGCGAUCAACAAAAUAUUUCUCCCACUGCAUCUUAUAAACAACCACCACGUUAUCAGUCAGCCAGUACAAUAUCAACAAGCGUUGUAUCACAUUCCUUAAAUCAAUCAACAGUUGGUAAUACGAGAAAGCCCAGAUCCUACAUUGCACCAAAUUCACCUCUUACGAAAAGUUCAAUAUAUCCAAUCAAUCGUUAUGUAAGUGUCGGUAGUACAACAUUAAAAACAUCAGAUAGUGAUAAUCGUGAUCCAAUGCCAUCGUCUAUUUUGAAAGCAUCACCACAACUAUCACAAACACGCAUAAAACCCCCGCCUCUUCCAACACACUCAUAUUAUACGAGAUCGAAAUCGGUAUUCCUAUUCAAAGUAUUGAAAAUUUAUAUGACAUCUAACAACGUGCACGUUUGAACCCAUCUACUCCUUCCCAAAGCCAAUGCAAUUUUCAUCUUUAUUUCUUGAUUCUUUUUAGCUUUCUUUUUCUCAUUUUUAUUUUUUUUGUCUUCUACUUUUUUUUUUCUCCAAAGGAUAAAAAUAGAACGUCUAUUUGUUGCAAGUUUGUUGUUGCUCUCUUUUUCCAAUGUAGGAAAUAAGAUUUGUAUAAUAUAUAUUUAGCUUAAAUUUUUUUAAGCGUCAAGCACCACCAAAGAAGAACAAGUAUUCUGUUAUAAAAACUCAUAUUUUCUCUUUAUUGUAAAAUCUUUCAUUCGAUGUUAUUUUUAUGUCGAAUUGCGUUCUUCUUAUUGCGGAUAUAUGAGAAUUAUGUUUUGUUUGUUUUGAUAAUGUUAUUUUUAAUUAAGAACGUAAACGACAAAAAUAACUAUUUUUUCAUAUAAUCUCUGCUUGACUUUUGUUUGUAGAUAUUUUAUUUUUUUGAGCAGAAUAAGUUUAAAAUUUUUCCGUCCUAUACACAUGACCCACUAUUUUGGCUGAUAUGACGUUAAAAGUCAGAAUACUUUUUUCCAAGUUUUUAACUGUAUUCUUUUUUUUUGAAUAAGUGAAUAACGGACAAAUAGAUAUAGUGUGUUACUGUCAUUAGGAAAGCAGAUAGUACUAUAUAAGAAAUUUUGUUGUGCUGAACUAUUAGUUUAUUGUACAAUUGCAUCUAAUCGGAUCCUGUUGUUAUAAUGUAUUGUAGACCGUUGUUCGCUCAAAUUUUAGUGACUAUUGGCUCUACGUAUAAUCACAGAACAUCUGAAUAAUUUCAUAAUUAUUUCUCAUGAGUUUUCUUUCUUAUUCAGUCUAUUUAAAAACGAAUUGUCGGUGAAAAGUUGUGUGUGAUGACUAUAUCACAAACUGUUACAUCUUUUAGUUGAAAAUUCAGGAAGUAAAAAGAUGCACAUUUUUUUAGAAAAUACUAUGCGCAUGGCGCGUUUCACUUUAUUUAUGAGAUAUUUUUGACUAGACUUUUAAAAAAAUAACUUUUCUACUCAUAUCUAAUAGAGAGUGGUCACAAUAUGAUGAAAUGUAUAAUGCUAAUCUUCUUUAGAUAUAAAAGUGACUAAUUUCAGAAACUGAUAGAGGGUCUAUAAAGUUUAAAAAGGUAUCUGUUAAAGAGUGGACAGUUUUCAUAGAUAGAUUUUAGAAACUUUCGUCAUUCCUCUCAUUAAUGUUUAAAGAAUAAUAAAAGUUGAAAAUUAGUGAUCGGAUGUGAUAUUUCAAAAGAUGAGGGUAAUCAAGCUUAGAUCAUUUGAACAUGUUUCAUGAACUAAAAUACUUUUGUCCGCAUUAUAAUAGCACAGAAGAAUCACUUUUCUGUAUUAGAAAGGUGACUGAUUUUACAAAAUGACCCAUUUUUUUUUUUUUGGAGGUGUAAGGCGGGAUUUUUUGCCGCAUAAAAUUAAACGACACGAAUAAAUAAGUUUUGUACAUUUUUUUCUAACCUAAUCUCUACUAUUUAUUUACGACAAAAAAGAACCAUUUUACUUCUUUGUAAAGUCUCCGUUUACGUUUUUGCGGUGUAUAUUCAUUAAUUAGAAUUUCUGCUAAUUUUUGGAAUCUCGUGCUCUUUUCCUCUUUUCUCGCUAAGCAAAACACAGUAAUUAUCCUUUUCUAAACGAUUUGCGAGGAUAGAAAACGAGGAAUUCUGAGAAAAAUAAAUGAACGAAUUUUGUUUUUUUUUUGUUGAAAUUGUGAAUCGUUAUUUUUUUUUUAUCUGUAAUUUCUUUCAUUUUAUUUGAUCUGUUUUUCCACAUGUUUAUAAAUGGUACAGUCACACUUUUUAUAAAUUAAUCGAUUACAUUUUUUUCCGCUUGACAUGAAAAAAAAUUAAGAAUCAUUUGUUCAUAAAUAAAUUAGUUCAUAAAAAGAAAGAAAAUGAUUUAAGAAUAAUGACUAUAAAAAAAUAAAACUUAUGACAUAAUAAUCAAUUUCUAUAGUAGCAAGCUAAUAUUACGGCUUUUUUAUAGUCAAAAUCAGAUCAUAACUUCGUGCGUAUGCAGUUAAUGAAACGAAUAGCUGAGAAGUGAUAAAAUUUAACUGACAUGAGUGAUGAAUAGAAGAUGUUAUAGACCUGUGCUAAUGUGUUAUAGUUGUGUGGACACGUUUAGCUUUGUGUUAAUCUAUCCUGUUAACUGUUUGAUUUAUGAAAAUGAGUAUCUGUAUAUAUUAAUGCAAAUAGUCAAAAAUGGACGAUGAGAUGUCUCGAAAAUAUAAAAAAGAUAUUAGGAAUGAUCUGUAUUCUACUACAUUAUUAAUUAAAUCUCGUUUGGUAUUGAUGGAAUUGACAAAUGCCUAAUGACAACAUUCUGUAAAACGAUUCCUGUUCACUCUACGUUAGUAGAGUCGAGACUUUGAAAGAAGACUUUUCUGACUUUCAAAAUUGACCAAAUUCUUUAUUGUUUUUAGCUAAUUGAUCUUCUGAGUGGACCUGUGUGCCGAUCGGAAAAUCGGUGGCGACUAAAAGAAUUUUUAAAUUUCAGUUGAAUUAAGGCUAAUGAGAAUUCUCAUCUUAUAUAGAUAAGGGUAUCAAUUUUUUUGAUCAUCAAAUUUAUUCAUUGCGAAAUGAUCACCAAAAAAUAAGACUUUUGAUCACGAAAUUAAUUAACGAAAAUUUAAAUUAAACAAAAUAUAUACAAGAAGAAUAUAUAGCAAUUUAAUAGCAAAUUAAUUAGUGGACAGUAUAUACAAGAAGAAUAUAUAUAGAAAAAAACUAAUCACCAAACCAAUUAAAGAAAAAAUAUACAAGAAACAACUAACUUUAUGGCAACAAGG